AUGGCUAUACAAGCGAUGAAUUUGUCUAUCUCAUUAACAGAGAUGGGUAUUAAGAGGGGUGAUGUGAUUUCCAUUUGCUCUGAGAACAGACAGGAGUAUUUUUCAACGGUCCUGGGUAUAUGCUGUACCGGAGCCACAGUCACUACUACUAAUAUCGCAUAUACUAAAGAUGAACAUAAACACGUUUUGGACAUAUCAAAACCUAAAAUCGUGUUUUGUUCACCAAACGCGUAUAAAACCAACAGCAAACUAUUCCAUUCUCUACCGUACAUCAAAUCUAUAGUAAUUUACGGCGAGAAGAUUUCAAAUACAUUAUCUUUUGAGGAUCUUCUGAGGCAUAAUGGUGUUAUCAGUCCAGAAAACUUUAAGUGCAAGGACGUUGAAGGUCAAAAUGAUACGGCUAUCAUAUUAUAUUCUUCAGGAACCACGGGUUUACCUAAAGGGGUCAUGUUGACACAUCUGAACGUCAUCGUGUCGUGUCUACUGUGA